AUGGCCAACCUUUCGGUCCCCAACAAUUACACCUUUUCCCCGUCAUCGGCAACUCCCCACUUGACCAUCAACCAUGACAAUGCCGCGGAACUGGACUCGACCUAUGCCUUUGAAGGCCCUGAAAAGCUCCUAGAGGUAUGGUUCGCACCGAGCGCUACGGCGCUCCCCAUGGGCGCUCAACCUGCUGGCCUCAAGGCCGUGUCUUCUGAGACUUGGGAGACCAUGCUUGACAUGGUCAACUGCAAGACUCUCUCGGUGCUCGAAUCCGACGCUGUUGACGCCUAUCUUCUCUCCGAGUCGAGCAUGUUUGUCUUCCCCCACAAGCUCAUCUUGAAGACGUGCGGCACCACCACUCUCCUGCUUGGACUUCAGCGUUUGCUUCACAUCGCCGCCGAGCAUGCGGGCUUCCCCUUUGGCAAUGCUACGUCUGCAAAGGAGAUCAAGGCCAUUGCUACUCCUUACCGAGUCUUUUACAGCCGCAAGAACUUUCUCUUCCCUGACAAGCAACACGGCCCCCACCGCAGCUGGAAGCAAGAAGUCAAGUACUUGGACGACAUGGUUGAUGGCGGCAGUGCCUACAUGGUGGGCAAGAUGAACGGAGACCACUGGUACCUCUACAUCACGUCUCCCAACCGAGAGUUCACCCCGCCCUUGACCCCCGACUCGGAGAAGAACGAGGUGGCCCCAGCCAGCUUUUCGAUUCCCGCCAACUUUGGACAUGGAGGACCUGGGAGUGACGAGACGCUCGAGAUUUUGAUGACGGAUCUCGACCCAGAGAAUGCCAAGCAGUUUUACUUGGCACACGCGAGUGCGGUCGCGUGCGACAAGCUCUCUGCCGAGACCAAGGCUCGUCAAAAUGCCGUUGGCGGGACCUCGACUCCGCUCGGCGAGGUUGACGUCUUUGCCGACGGCAUCGAGUCCGAUUUGCAUGAGCCCUGCGAGAAGCUCGGGGACAUCGAGGGCCUCACCACCGAAGGUCACGCCCUCGGCACUGUUGUUUCGGAGCAGUGCGGCCUCGCCGAUGUUUAUCCCGCCUCCGUCUACCCAGAUGCCCGCAUUGAUUCCUACCUCUUCAGCCCGUGUGGAUUCUCCGCCAACGGCAUCAUCCCUCCGCCCCCGGCCACGCAGGAGGACGGCCAGGACAGCGGCAAGAACGCUGGACACUACUUUAGCGUCCACGUUACGCCCGAGACUGGUUUUUCGUUUGCUUCAUUCGAAACCAACGUUCCAGGCGGCCAGAGCGGCCGCACCACCGCGGAGAUCAUUGAGCACGUUGUGGAAAUCUUCAAGCCUGGCCGCUUCAGCGUCACUUUGUUCGAGGCCAAGGGCCGCGGCGACAACACUUACGGCGUGAACAAGGCUGAAGUCAAGGGCCUUGCUGCCCAGCGAUUCAUCGAUUCUGUGCGCGGAUAUCGCCGCAUUGAUCGCAUUGUGCAUGACUUUGAGGACUACGACCUCGUGUUCCGCUUCUAUGAGCGUGAGGGCUGGGUUGGCGACAAGAAGGCCCGCGUGGGAGAGGAGAUGUGA